CAUGGUCCUAUUUGUACGGUCUCUAUAGGCUAAGCACUGCUAACUUCGCAUGCAGGUUACAGAUCUGGAAGAAAAAUAAGAAGAAUCUCUUCACUUAAACGUAACAACAGUGAGCAUAAUUAUUUAUUUUUUUUGGUGUAAAAAUAUAGGCUAUAAUAGCUUAUUAUUAUUAAAUUAUUAUAUUUAUAGCAGGCACUAUCAUCUAUGAUAGUAUUCUAUGCCUUCUACGCCUAUACUUAUACAUAUACGUUUAUACGUAGUCUAUACUGCUUAAAUAUUUUAACUUUAACUUAAACUUAAAAUAAUUAAUAAUAAUAGUAAUAAUAGUAAUUGUAUAAUACUAUAUAUAUAUAUAUUAAAUAUAAAUAGAGUAUGGAUGGAGUAUAGAGACACUCUCUUUAUAUUUAUAUUAAAAAAUAAUAUUCAAUAUUGUCACAAUCGAAGUGAUUUGAUGCACUUUUAAGUCCCUCAAACUUUUUAAACAGGUGGGGGCCAGUUCACUGUCCCUCCUCACACACUGUUGGGGGAGGACUACUAUAGUUUGAAAAAUGUAUGAGCCAAUUCAUAUGCACAUAUCUUAUUUCUAGAGCCAGAACAAAAAAACAAAAACAGAACCUCGGCCUGGGGUUAGGGCUGCAGAUGUUUUGUUUUCUUGUGUAGGCCUAUAUACCUAGUAUAUGCAACUCGCUGUGGAUUGCUGACUGCUGUACCGUUAUCAGCAUUUUAGAGGAUACCCUUUCACAACUUUACUGCCUAAGUGCCUUAUUUAAAGGCCCUAAAGGUGGGCACAGAGGCCAUAGUUUGAAGACACCCUGGACUGAAUUAACUGAAUAGUUAACUAUUAGGGCACUUCAUCAGCACCAUUGGCGUUAAAGCCCCCCCCCCCCCCCCCCCCCCCCCCCCACCCACCCCACCCCCCCCAACAUGUAGACAUUCAACCUCCUGAUAUUUUAUCAGUAACACAUGCCCCUCUGCCAGUUCUUCUUCUUCUAUAUCUUAAGGGCCCACGAUCAAUUUAUUGAUCAUUUUGGCUCCUAUGCAUGUUUUUCAUAUUGCUUUCUCUGAUCAUUUCUGAUUGUAAUUAGUUUGGUAUUGUGUAGACCUAUUUUUGUGUGAAUUUGCUAGCAAUACUUAAAAAACUAAAAGAACUGAUUGUGAACUUAGAGGACUCCCAUUAGGCCCAUACGUUCUCCGAUACCAAUGUGGAAGGUUGCAGUUUAAGGGUUCAACUAUUUUAGGCGAGUCAUAUCAAAAGUAAACUGGUAAUAAAACUAAAAACCUGUUUUGUGUCCUUGAUUUUCAGAUUUAUACAGAAUAAUAAAUAUGAUGGGAGUCUUGAAUUAUAUUCAAAUUUAUUAGCCCUGGUUUUAAGAAUCUGGAUUAUGACCGAGACUUGCAAGUUUUUGUAAGAAUCAUUAUUAAUAACUUUUUCUUGCUUCUAAAUUCUCAAAUGUUACUCUGCUAGAGGGAGUCCAUUAGCACCCCUUAUGAUAGUAGGCCCCUAUGCUCAGAUUUAGGACUACUUAUACUUGCAUGGCUUUGAUAACUUAAGUUAAACACCUAUUCAUAAACAGAAUAUAGUUCUAUUGAUAAUAUGUUACUGAGGUGAACAGAGCCACAUUUAAGAUUAUGUGAUAUGUAACAAUAUUUUAGCUACCAAGAUCAGAGUAGAAGAAGUCAACUAAUGUAUCCUAGUCAAACUUGAAUCCUUAGAGUUUACUGAAUUGAAGUAAAAUCAGAUCCUGUUUAUAUAUGUUUUUUUUAAUUACUGGGAUCCUUAAGUUCUUUCUUUGAUCUAAACAUAGCAUUAUGAUGUUGAUAACUAAGCUUGAUGUCCUUCAUACGCCCUUCGUGAUCCUUGUACUUUUAAAGUAAUUGGUUUUUGGAUUUAACACUGGGCAGAGCUUGUGCAGUAUUCACUGUUUGCCAAAAGUACAAGGCUUGCAAGCUUUUUACUGGCCUGAACAGAGUUUACCAAUUGUCUUUGAGAGGUUACAAAAGACAGGACAUUUUAACCUUUAGAACUGACAUGCAGUUUCCAAAACUGUUUGAGAGUAAAUGAAUUUGAGGGAAACAUAUUUGCAAUAGUCUAGUUUUAGAAAAGAAGAAUAAAAUCUAUGAAAUAUUAUCUGCUUACAUAUGGGGCUGUUAUGAUCUUCUUACAUCUGGGACCAUGAAAAGCAAAAGCUGCACUUCUGGCAAAGCAUAAAUUUAGGCACCCUCUCCCCCAAAAAAGUAUAUAAUAAUAAUACAAAUAUUGUACAUGAAAAUAGCGAUUUUGCUCUCCUGGUCCUUUUUGUUUCUCACCCUGCCCUCAUUAAAUAUAUGAAUAUAAUAAAUCAAUAAAGUAGAAACUCUUUCAUAAUAAUAUUCAAUAAUGGCAUGGAAAUUCUAUCCACACAUAAUGGGAAAUUUAAUUCCAGUUUAGUCAAUGCGACUUAUUUAAUUGAUUAAUUAUACUUUUUAAUAGAUUUUUCUCCCUGUAAAUUACUGAUGAACCAUUUAUGUCAGGGUUUCUUAACCAAGGUUGCCUGCACCCUGGGGGGGGGGGGGGGCCAUUUGGACAAGUCAGGGAUCCAAUGUUAUUUCACUAGAUUUUUUUUCAUGGGGGGUAUGGGAAACAUGUUUUUAAAUCGAGAUGGGUGCCGUGAUGCAAAAAGGUUAAAAAAAUUAAAUUGAUUAAAAUUUAAAGUAUGCAAUUGAUUUGAUGAGUUCACAGUUUAUUUGUUUGGUUUUCGUUGUUGCUUGAAUCUAAUACUGAGAUAUUUCAAUGCAUAAUUCUGCUGUUGCCAUAACAAUCAUAAGGGUUUUAUAAAUCAACAGCCAUGAAAAGAGAUGAAACUUUCAAAAGGGCUAAAAUGUAUUCCAUAAUGCUCCAACAUUAGGGUAAAAUGAAAGGCAGAGAUUAACUUAGGACAUAAUGCUCCAACACUAGGGUAAAAUGAAAGGCAGAGAUUAACUUAGGACAUAAUGCUCCAACACUAGGGUAAAAUGAAAGGCAGAGAUUAACUUUGGACAUAAUUCUUAAACACUAGGGUAAAAUGAAAGGCAGAGAUUAACUUUGGACAUAAUUCUUAAACACUAGGGUAAAAUGAAAGGCAGAGAUUAACUUUGGACAUAAUGCUCCAACACAAGGGUAAAAUGAAAGGCAAAGAUUAACUUAGGUCAUAAUGCUCCAACACUAGGGUAAAUUAAAAGCAGAGAUUAACUUAGGACAUAAUGCUCCAACACUAGGGUAAAUUAAAAGCAGAGAUUAACUUAGGACAUAAUGCUCCAACACUAGGGUAAAAUGAAAGGCAAAGAUUAACUUAGGACAUAGUUAUGGUCAUAGCUUUGUGCAUUUUUUGUCCCUAUCUCUGUACAGCUUGACAAAUUAAAAUAGAGAGGAAAAAAACCAGCUUGAAUCAUUAUGAACCUAACCAACUAUUCAUUUGAUAGCGGAUGCAUUAUUAUUCAAAUGGUUUCUGAUCUCAGUCUCUUGUAUCAUCCACAACUACUACACAGUUCAAAGUUUUGCUCAUAAUCCUGUCUCUAGACUAUAAAAUAAACAUUUAAUGAUGUCAGAUAAAAAAUUAAAAACUGACAUUAUUAAAUAUAUAUAUAUUUUUUUAACUGCCAAUAGUUGAUCGCAGAACUUGAUCUGUGAAGAUCCAUUUAAUCAUCUGGGAAGAGCUCUUUGAUCACUUGUGAAGAGCUCUUUGAUCAUCUAUCCCAGGGGUCUCUAAACUACUGCCCGCAGGCAGCCCACGAGGCCCUUUCAUCCAGCCAGUGGAGAACUUUUUGUCUACAGAAAAAAAUUACACAAAUUUACGUGUAUCGAUGUGAUCCGUAGUGCGUUAUGUUUUCCAACCGAUCACUAUAUUGCAAAACUUUAUUCGCUGCUUAGUUUUUCUAUUCCCGUUCACAGUCAAAGGUAUGAUAUCACGCCAUCUAGUGGCAGAGUUUUUAAAUGGUUUGCUGCUUGUUCAAGACUUGAUUCUUUUGAUCACAGUUGCCCGUUGCGGUUGACUGCUGCAAUGAGGAGGUGUUGGUGUCAGUCUCAAUUAGCAUCUGAUUGUGAAGCAUGUUGCACUCUAUUUUAUUUAGUGAUAAUUUCCUUCGCGUAAUUACCUAUAAGUGUGUUAAAAGUAUUGGGAAUGUUGUUAGUUUAGUAAGAAUUUUUUAAAUAUUCUGAAGAGGAAACAUUAAAAGCAACAGCCUCUCUACCGUAAGUGGAUAGAUUUGACCACUAUAUUCAGGUAAGUUUAACUUAAGAAAUCAUAAGAAUUUUAAAAAAUUGUUUUGGGUCAUUUGCAGAUAAAAUUGUGAUGAAAUUAGGUAGCAUAAUCAGGUUUUUUGAGCAAUAUUGUGUGCAAGAUAUUUUCAGUUUCACUAUUUAUUCAUGUUGAAUUCCUUUUAUUUUAGUGCCCAGUGAUGGCCGAGAAGAGGAAAAAAACCAUAGAUGUUGAGUGUCGACAAUUUUAAGAAUAAUGGAGUUUGACAAACUUCUUCAUCAAAUCAGGCGAGAAUGGAUUGUGUGUGAUUUGCAGCGACACCGUGGGUGUGAUGAAAGAAUAUAACCUGCGCCGUCAUCAUCAAAGCAAACAUCGGGAGAAAUAUGCACAGUUGGAGGGUAAAUUUCGUGCCGAAAAAUUUUCUAAAUUACAGAAUCAACUCACAUCUCAGAGGACAUUGUUUGGUAAAUCCUUAAAUGAAAAUCUAUCCUUAACUAAGGCCAGUAAUAAAAUUGCCUAGGUCCUGGCUAAAAGCGGCAAACCGUUUACAGAUGGUGAAGUAGUGAAGGAAUGUUUGUUGGUGGUGGCUGAGGAACUUUGCUCAGAAAAGUAAAAACAAUUUAAAAGUAGCUUUUGAUGCAAAUACCAUUGCCUGCAGACAUGAUGCAGACGUGGGUGAAAACUUUGUGACUCAACUAGCGAAAAAUACAAGCAAGUUUUGCUAUUUUUCAAUUGCAAUGGAUGAAUCGCUGGACAGCUGUACCACCUCUCAACUGCUUGUCUUCAUCAGAGGUGUGGAUGAAGACAUGAACAUAACAAAAGAGCUGGUAUCCCUACAUAGCAUGUAUGACACUGUUACCGGAGAGGAUAUAUUCAAUUAGUUGAAAAAAACAUUUGCUGAUUAUGAUUUGGACUGAACUAACCUGACUGUUGAUGGAGGAAAAAACGUGAGUGGCAUAAUGAAAUGCUUGGAUGGACAAGUGAAGCAGAUGUGUAAUGAGAAAAACAUUCUACAACCAAUGUUCCUGCACUGUGUUAUUGAGCUAAAUAUAUGGACAUUAGCAGUGUACUGAAUACUGUGGUGAAGAUGGUGCAUUUAAAGGUCACAUGGGCUCAACCAUAGAAAGUUCAGAGACCCGUUGAAAGAUAAAGACACAGAAUUGCAAGAUUUACCAUAUUACACAGCAGUAAGAUGUCUAAGUUGUGAGAAAGUUCUGAGCAGAGUAUUGAAGUUUAGAAUGGAAAUAGGUGACUUCCUGGAAAAUAAAGGCAAGCCACAGCCAUUAUUGUCUGAUAAGAGAGUAUGUAUGGAAGUUGGUCUUUGCUGCAGACAUAACUAGUCUGGAUUUUGAAGAACAAUUUGAGAACAAGCUCAGGUCACUGUUAGGGAAUCAAAUCUAAAGCCAGAAAUGUCUGCUAUUUUGGCAUCCAGGAAACAAUUUCACCCUUCCCACUAAUUAAGGUGUUGAUGUGUAGUGUAUCAAUGUGUUAUUAAAUAAUAACUGAAUAAAAUAAUUUUAAAUAAAUAAUUAAAAACAACAUCCAUGGUUUGAUUCUUUUUUAUUUGAACAUCGUGUUUGUUGUCUGCCCCCAAACUGCUGUUUGAUAGUUAACGCGGCCCUCGGGCUGAAAAGUUUCGAGACCCCUGAUCUAUCCCCCAGAUUUUCUAGUGAGGUUCUAUAUCAUGAAGGUCAUGGCUGAGGACUGGGUCAUGACCUCGUUCUAGGUCACAUCUAGGAGCGCAUCCAACACAGCUUUACAAGUCAAUAUCAUUUUUAAUUUCUGCUGCUGAUUGGAUGUCUCUCUGCCGAGUGGAUGUCUCUCUGCUGUGUGGAUGUCUCUCUGCUGUGUGGAUGUCUCUCUGCUGAGUGGAUGUGUGGAUGUCUCUCUGCUGAGUGGAUGUCUCUCUGCCGAGUGGAUGUCUUUCUGCCGUGUGGAUGUCUCUCCGCUGAGUGGAUGUGUGGAUGUCUCUCUGCUGAGUGGAUGUGUGGAUGUCUCUCUGCUGAGUGGAUGUCUCUCUGCUGAGUGGAUUCUCUCUGCUGAGUGGAUGUCUCUCUGCUGAGUGGAUGUCUCUCUGCUGAGUGGAUGUCUCUCUGCUGAGUGGAUGUCUCUCCGCGGGGUUUUUGAAGCACUUACCUCUUUGCUUCUCUGUUCUAUAAAAAGUAUCCCUCCCACAACUGAAAUUUACCCCCUCACACCACACACACACACAUAUACACAACCAAAACAUACGUUUCAAAUGAAGCCCAUUUUGGUAGGAACAGCUCAUGUUCUGAUCUAUUUUAGUUUUUGAGUACAUCUGAUCCACUGUUUGGCCAUGCACCGUUACACAUUAGAGAACUUGUGUCCGACCUUUGCAUCCAUCUGAUUACUUCCUUCCCACACACUCAUGAAAUGUAGCGCAUUAAGUAGUCAUAAGUAAUACUGAGCUGGGACCUAGAAUGUGCCAAAGCACCUACUUAAGUGGCAUUAAUUUAAUCAACUUGUCAGACCUGCCAGGAUAGACAUGACUUUUUCAUACAAUCCUUUAGUGUAUCAGCUUAUGAUUAGCAGCACUGAGAUUCAAUAAUAACUGGAAUUAAUCAUUAACUGAUUAUUUAUUGAACUGGUUUUCUUGAUAUUUUUUCCCUUCUUAGCAUUAAAUGUUUAGAUACCAUCUACUACUGUUUCACCAUCUACCACUGUUUUACUAUCUGCCAUCUACCAUCUGUUAACUCACCUCUCCCAGCCAGUUCACUGCCAACCUUUCCAAGCAGAUGUUGCAAGUUUUUCAUUGUCUUCCAUGUGUUACUAUGACCUGGUUUCAGUGGGGCUUCUGUCUUGUGAUAUAUAUUCAUGGCUGUCCCAGAUAUGUAAUUGUACAUCACUGACAUCUAACUGUCUUUAUUUUCUUUAUUUCACAGAACAAACAAAUUUAGUUAACAUGCCCAACACGUUGGAGUUGUCUCUCUUUCAAAAAGAAAAACUGCAAUACUACUUCAAGUUUUUAGGUUAGUAAAUAUAAUGAUGGUAAUUAGUUAAUAGAAUGAUGGUAAUUAGUAAAUAGAAUGAUGGUAAUUAGUUAAUAGAAUGAUGGUAAUUAGUAAAUAGAAUGAUGGUAAUUAGUUAAUAGAAUGAUGGUAAUUAGUUAAUAGAAUGAUGGUAUUUAGUUAAUAGAAUGAUCUUAAUUAGUAAAUAGAAUGAUGAUAAUUAGUAAAUAGAAUUAUGGUGAUUAGUUAAUAGAAUGAUGGUAAUUAGUAAAUAGAAUGAUGGUAAUUAGUUAAUAGAAUGAUGGUAAUUAGUAAAUAGAAUUAUGGUGAUUAGUAAAUAUAAUGAUGGUAAUUAGUUAAUAGAAUGAUGGUAAUUAGUUAAUAGAAUGAUGGUAGUUAGUAAAUAGAAUUAUGGUGAUUAGUAAAUAGAAUGAUGGUAAUCAGUAAAUAGAAUUAUGGUGAUUAGUAAAUAGAAUGAUGGUAACUAGUUAAUAGAAUGAUGGUAAUUAGUUAAUAGAAUGAUGGUAAUUAGUAAAUAGAAUUAUGGUGAUUAGUAAAUAGAAUGAUGGUAAUUAGUUAAUAGAAUGAUGGUAAUUAGUAAAUAGAAUGAUAGUUAAUUAGUCAAUAGAAUGAUGGUAAUUAGUUAAUAGAAUGAUGGUAAUUAGUUAAUAGAAUGAUGGUAAUUAGUUAAUAUAAUGAUGGUAAUUAGUUAAUAGAAUGAUGGUAAUUAGUUAAUAGAAUGAUCUUAAUUAGUAAAUAGAAUGAUGAUAAUUAGUAAAUAGAAUUAUGGUGAUUAGUUAAUAGAAUGAUGGUAAUUAGUUAAUAGAAUGAUGGUAAUUAGUUAAUAGAAUGAUGGUGAUUAGUAAAUAGAAUUAUGGUGAUUAGUAAAUAGAAUGAUGGUAAUUAGUUAAUAGAAUGAUGGUAACUAGUUAAUAGAAUGAUGGUAAUUAGUAAAUAGAAUUAUGGUGAUUAGUAAAUAGAAUGAUGGUAAUUAGUAAAUAGAAUUAUAGUUAUUAGUAAAUAGAAUGAUGGUAUUAGUUAAUAGAAUGAUGGUAAUUAGUCAAUAGAAUGAUGGUAAUUAGUUAAUAGAAUGAUGUUAAUUAGUUAAUAGGAUGAUGGUAAUUAGUAAAUAGAAUGAUGAUAAUUAGUAAAUAGAAUUAUGGUUAUUAGUAAAUAGAAUGAUGGUAUUAGUUAAUAGAAUGAUGGUAAUUAGUCAAUAGAAUGAUGGUAAUUAGUUAAUAGAAUGAUGGUAAUUAGUUAAUAGAAUGAUCUUAAUUAGUAAAUAGAAUGAUGAUAAUUAGUAAAUAGAAUUAUGGUGAUUAUUUAAUUGAAUGAUGGUAAUUAUUUAAUAGAAUGAUGGUAAUUAGUUAUUAGAAUGAUGGUAAGUAGUAAAUAGUAUUAUGGUGAUUAGUAAAUAGAAUGAUGGUAAUUAGUUAAUAGAAUGAUGGUAAUUAGUUAAUAGAAUGAUGGUAAUUAGUAAAUAGAAUUAUGGUGAUUAGUAAAUAAAAUGAUGGUAAUUAGUAAAUAGAAUUAUGGUGAUUAGUAAAUAUAAUGAUGGUAAUUAGUAAAUAGAAUGAUGGUAAUUAGUUAAUAGAAUAAUGGUGAUUAGUAAAUAGAAUUAUGGUGAUUAUUAAAUAGAAUGAUGGUGAUUAGUAAAUAGAAUGAUGGUAACUAGUUUAUUUGUGAUUGCUCAAUAAUAAUUUUGACAGAGAAUUGGCUUUCAUCUAGUUCAUUUUUAGAAAUGCAGCUGUGAGUUCAUAAUCUUAUGUCCAAUUUGAAUAUGUUUUUCAACAAACGCCUUAUAAAUUUCAUUUUCUUAUUGAUACAGCUUUAAUACAUAUUGCAAAUUUUAGUAAACUUAUUAUUUUUAACCCCUGAGAAAAGUUAACCUAUUUAAGAAAAACUAAACAAAUUAUACUCAAUCAAUUGAAUCUUUUAAAAUGAGGACUAACUUAAACCUAUGGUCACAGCCAAGCUGGCGCCUCGUAAAACACUGAUGUAGUUCGUACACAGCACAGCUUGUUCCAGCUGUUGUCUACUGAUAUUUCCUCUGUAAUUUAUAGAACCAAAUCAGGAUGGAAUGCUUGAAAGCCACAGCCUUGAUCGGGUGAUGAAGGUAAUUUGUUUCCGUUAUAUUUUAGCCGCUAUGUUUCAGUUAUUGUGGCUUUGGAUGGUAAUUUGUUUCUGUUAUAUUAUAGUUUGUUUUGAUAAUACCGUCAAACAAUGCUUUUUUAUGGGGGAGUUUUCUGCCAUUUUAGGGCUUGAGCAAAAGUAUUUGAUUCCUGUGAUUUUAUACAAUAUAUACAAUAUUAUACUUGAUUUUAUACAAUAUAUACAAUAUUAUACUUGAUUUUUAUACUUACACAUCAAGUGUAUCCUCAGAAUGAUUAUAAACUAUACUAUACCAACCUUGUCCUGUUUUCAAGUUAUUAAGAGUUAGUAAAUUAAUAAUAAUUGAAAAUAAUUAAUGAAUAUGAAAUUAAUGCUGUUUCAAAAUAAUUUUUUUUUUCAAUAGAAAAUAUUUAAGUUUACUGGUUGGGCAGCUGACAACCUUAGAGCUCUUCAAUGUAUAGAGAUACACCAGGCCUUCUUUGAGAUUUUAUUUGAAAAAUCUGAAGCAGAAUGUGGUCACUGUGAGUAUGCAAAAAAAAAAAAUGAUAUCUAAGGCAAUAAAAAAUUUUUAAAAAUAACUUUUAAAAUUUAUUUGAAUAUAUUGUACAUAAUAUUGUAGUUAUAUUUUUUUUUAAAUCUUGAAAAAAUUAAAAAAUCAAGUUUUGUUUAUUUAAUAGUGAUUAUUAAAGUAAUAAAAAUAUUGUUAUUUAAAGUUAUGUUUAACUUUUCAAAGCACUUGCUUUGUAUAAAGUUUUUUUUUAGAUGCCACCAUGGUAAAUAAGAAGUUUAGCAAUUCCGAAAAUUAUCAAUAGUUUACAUUUAAUAAUUAGAACCGUUUAACAUAAUGCUUAUUGGAAGUACGCUCAGGUGAAAGUAAAUAAUGUUUAAAGAGUUUUUUUUCCCUUGAACCAACAGGUGGCACCGCAUCACUGGAUGACUGGUACGCAAUCUGGUCGCACAUACUGCCGGGGUGCAAGGGUAUGAGCAACUUCCCCGUGUGGCUGAGACUCAUGCCCAAAGUUUUGUUUGAUAUGAUUGACAGAAAUAGUAAGUGCUCAAUGCAUCACUUGAACACAUUGGUCACAUGACUGGUCACAUGACUGGUCACAUGACUGGUCACAUGGUGGUAAUCCUAAGUUAAUUCUGUCUCUCAUGAGAAUUUAAAAAAAAAAAUUUCACCCUUGAAAUUUGAAGUAAUAAUAAAAUGCUACUUUUAAAUUAUAUUUUAGCCGAAGGAUUGGAACAUUUUUGUUGUUUGAAGGAUUGGAACAGUUUUGUUGUUUGAAGGAUUGGAAUAUUUUUGUUGUUUGAAGGAUUGGAACAUUUUUGUUGUUUGAAGGAUUGGAACAUUUUUAUUGUUUGAAGGAUUGGAACAUUUUUGUUGUUUGAAGGAUUGGAACAGUUUUGUUGUUUGAAGGAUUAGAACAUUUUUAUUGUUUGAAGGAUUGGAACAUUUUUGUUGUUUGAAGGAUUGGAACAUUUUUAUUGUUUGAAAUUGGGGCAGAUAUUGAGAGGCUGAAUUAAUUUUUUGUUGUCAAUUAAAUUAAAUAGAUGGCUGUUUAUACCUACUCUGUUUUGUAUCAUGUGACCUACUCUGUUUUGUAUCAUGUGACCUACUCUGUUUUGUAUCAUGUGACCUACUCUGUUUUGUAUCAUGUGACCUACUCUGUUUUGUAUCAUGUGACCUACUCUGUUUUGUAUCAUGUGACCUACUCUGUUUUGUAUCAUGUGACCUACUCUGUUUUGUAUCAUGUGACCUACUCUGUUUUGUAUCAUGUGACCUACUCUGUUUUGUAUCAUGUGACCUACUAUGUUUUGUAUCAUGUGACCUACUCUGUUUUGUAUCAUGUGACCUACUCUGUUUUGUAUCAUGUGACCUACUCUGUUUUGUAUUAUGUGACCUAUUCUGUUUUGUAUCAUGUGACCUACUCUGUUUUGUAUCAUGUGACCUACUCUGUUUUGUACCAUGUGACAUACUCUAAUUUGUACCAUGUGACCUACUCUAAUUUGUAUCAUGUGACCUACUCUAAUUUGUACCAUGUGACCUACUCUGUUUUGUAUCAUGUGACCUAUGCUGAUUCGUACCAUGGGAUCUACUCUGAUUUGUACCAUUGGGAUCUACUCUGAUUUGUACCAUGAAACCUACUCUGAUUUGUACCAUGGAACCUACUCUUAUUUGUACCAUGUGACCUACUCUAAUUUGUACCAUGUGACCUACUCUGAUUUGUACCAUGUGAUCUACUCUGAUUUGUAUCAUGUGACCUACUCUGUUUUGUACCAUGUGACCUACUCUAAUUUGUACCAUGUGACCUACUCUAAUUUGUACCAUGUGACCUACGCUGAUUUGUACCAUGGGACCUACUCUGAUUUGCAACAGUUUUACAAAGUUUAAUUCACAGUUUGAGAGAUCUUUCCAUGUUAACUAAAUAUGGUAGCAUGUGUAACACAGAGCUCAUUGGUGAAACAGUUUCCUAGCAUGGGUAACACAGAGCUCAUUGGUGAAACAGUUUCCCAGCAUGGGUAACGCAGAGCUCAUUGGUGAAACAGUUUCCUAGCAUGGGUAACACAGAGCUCAUUGUUGAAACAGUUUCCUAGCAUGGGUAACACAGAGCUCAUUGGUGAAACAGUUUCCUAGCAUGGGUAACACAGAGCUCAUUGGUGAAACAGUUUCCUAGCAUGGGUAACACAGAGCUCAUUGGUGAAACAGUUUCCUAGCAUGGGUAACACAGAGCUCAUUGUUGAAACAGUUUCCUAGCAUGGGUAACACAGAGCUCAUUGGUGAAACAGUUUCCUUACUGAGUUCAUAUAAAGUUCAAAAAUAGUUCAUACUACAAUUACACUUUUAUUUCCUUACAGCGGACGAUGUCCUCACACCCGAUGAGCUAUUCCAGUUUUAUAAAGAUAUGGUUGACCUUCAAGUUGACCUCAAAGACCUUGAAAAAUCAACACACAUGGCUUACAGCAAGAUGACUGAUGUAAGAGUUUCAUGGCAUAUUUGCUUUUUCUGGUGCUUGUGAAAAUAUAUUGUUAACGGCUGGGAAAAUCAGUUUCCAAAUUUAAAAAAUGUAUUUCUUAAACUGAUCAGAGAAACUUUCAUCAUCCCAGAUGUUUUGUUUGUUGGAUCUUUUCUUUACAAUUUUGCUCAAAGCGAUUGCCAACGACCUUGACAUUAAAAACUGUGAGCCAAUGAAAUUCUGUUAAGGAAAUUAACCUCAUUUUUAGUGGCUUUUUAUUUUCUUAUAACAGAAUGGUCGCUACCCUUUGAACCUAGACAGCUACGAGCAGAUCUUCGCCAACUUCCUGUUGGGCAGGACACCCCACGGGCCUGGCAAGUACAUCUUUGGCUGCUUCAAACACGACUACGGCUCCUACCAGCUCAUCCAGCCGGCUGCUGAUGAUGACGACGCGUCGGCUAGUGGGUUGUAUCCCAAGGACAAGAGGCCAAAGAAAUUUGGCGUCGCAUUCACUUAAGGAAGGUGGAGUUUAUUUCUAGUUAGAGACAUUUAUAAUUGUUAUGUUGCUGUUGUGUAACUCUUUGCUUGUACAGUGACCUUGGCAGGUCAGGAUCAAUGCUGGGGACCUUUCUAAAGAAUCGCUCUGAUCUUUCAAACUCAUCACUGGGACCUUUCUAACUCAUCACUGGGACCCUUCUAACUAAUCUCUGACCUUUCUAAUUCAUCACUGGGACCUUUCUAACUCAUCACUGGGAUCUUUCUAACUCAUCACUGGGACCUUUCUAACUAAUCUCUCUGACCUUUCUAAAUAAUCUCUCUGAACUUUCUAACUAAUAGCUGGCACUUUUCUUACUAAUCUCUCUGACUUUUUUAACUAAUCGCUGGGGCCUUCCAUCUGGGCCCCUUCUAACUAAUCACUGGGGCCUUCCAUCUGGGCCCCUUCUAACUAAUCGCUGGGGCCUUCUAUCUGGGCCCCUUCUAACUAAUUGCUCUGACCUUUCAGGAUUUUUAUUUUGCCUGUUUAAUGUACAGUGGGCCAACAAUGGAGUUUCUGCUGAUUAUAUUUUGAAGCAAACAAAAAUAUUUUGCAUUUCAUCUUUUAGUUCACUGCUGUUCCUUUGUUAUGAUUGGCUCUUUUAGAAAUCACCAAACGUCUGCUUUUGUCUUCCAAAGUCGACCGUGUCAAUUUAUCCUCCCAAGGCUUUCAGCUGAAAUGUUCUCUGUAUUGGAUGAAGCUUCUCCGUGACCUGAUGCAGAAAAGGUUUAAUAAUGUAUGAGCAAAGAGUUGAGGUGAUAAUACAAACAUAUAAUUCAAUUGAUAUUAAGUGUUACAUUUGUAAAUGACAGUAUUUAGAUUUAAUUCAUGUAAAUAAUGUACCCGGUACCAUGCUUGUAUGUCGUCCAUGUACCAUGCUUGUAUGUCGUACAUGAACCAUGCUUGUAUGUUGUACAUGUACCAUGCUUAUAUGUCGUACAUGUACCAUGCUUGUAUGUCGUACAUGUACCAUGCUUGUAUGUCGUACAUGUACCAUGGUUGUAUGGUAUCCAUGUACCAUGCUUGUAUGUCGUACAUGUACCAUGCUUGUAUGUCGUACAUGUACCAUGCUUGUAUGUCGUACAUGUACCAUGCUUGUAUGGUAUCCAUGUACCAUGCUUGUAUGU